CAGUGUUUGGUAGUUAAUCUGCAGUUUACUCACAGAUCCAGUGUUGUGCACAGCUCUUGUAAGACACCAGCUCCUCAGGCUUGAACCACAAGCUGAUCUCUUUAUUUGCACUGUCCACAGAGUCACUGCCAUGCAUGAUGUUUCUGAAGAAAUAGAAAAGUCAUUCAUCUGACUAAUGCCUUCUCUUAUCUUCAUAGAUCAUACUGGAGGCCUAAGGGGGGUACCACGAGUACACUGACAAUCGAUCAUGAAAGCGCUGAUUACCCUGAAUUUAAAAAUUGUUUUUAUUUUUUUUUCUGAUUGGUUGUUGUACCAUUUUAGGUGAUAUCUGAGGUGUGAUUUGAUUUGCAGACUGGUGAAAUAAAGUGAAACUGGAUUUGAAAGAGCACAGUGAUCCCGGAAUGACUUUGAUCAUGAAAUACAGUUAAGCGUAAGACAGUGCCAGUCUGCCACAUACAUAGUGUUAUAAUGAGAUCAGGAUUGUAACAAAGUUGUGAAUUCUUUUUGCUUUACUUGCCAAUAUUUCAGCAUGCUGAUAUGGAAGCAUUCACCCACAGCGGGAGAAUCCCUUUCUGGAUAUAUCAUGAAACUCUGAAGCUAUCUGCUUCCUUUUGUGCAGACAGAAGCUGUAAUGUUACGUUCAUGUAGUAUAUCCAGAAUUAAUCAGAUUAAUCUAACAGAAAGGCUUCAGUUUACUGGAGUUCAUCUCUUCAGCUUCACCUCACACAGCAACACUGAUGAGGUGUACGCGCAGCCUUUCAAACUCCAUUUGACAAUCAACUUUGUCCAGUCUCUGUGGUAUUUAUCGCUAUAAGAUAUGACCGAUAGCACGGCCAUUAUACUAGUUUAAAUGAGUUGCGGAUAACUCAUAAUCCCCUCACAUGAGCGCUUGUCGGUGAGUGUCUUUCUUUUCUUUUUCGGCUGUGAAACAACGGCCCAGGCCAGUGUUGCCACCUUGUGGACAAACUAAUUAGAGCAAAAACAAUUUGAGGCUGUAUGUGACUCUUCCCCCGGGCCGGAUGAAGAUAAUUGGUGGGCCGGAUUAGGCCCGUGGGCCGCCAAUUGAAUAGCCCUGCUAUAGGGAAUUUGCUGUAUAAUGAGGACCUUCUCAAAAACUGUCUGCAUGGAUUUAUGGAAUAGUUCAGCCAAUCAACUAUUGGUGCCGAUUAAUUGGCAAAACCAAUUACACCGUUACACCGAUACACCAUUUGAUCUAUCAGUCAUUUACUUCACCCCAGAAAUAGUAAGAGCAGUCACUUAGGACAGUUGGUCUGCGGUCACACCAAGCUUUAUUCAGUCAAAGACAUUUCACAUUUGGACAGACUGGGACCGAACCCUCUGAAUCCUCACUGCCGUCCACACUGUGUGAUAAACACUGAUUCCUCUGUAUGUGUGUCACAGAGCAAGGCGAGGUGUUCAUCUGGGACAUGCAGAGCAGUAAGUGUCUGAAGAAGUUUGCAGAUGAUGGCUGUGUCAGAGGAACUUCUCUUGCUCUGUCCAGGGAUGGCCCGUAUCUGACCUGUGGGUCUCAGAGCAGAGUGGUGAACAUCUACUCGGAGCAGGACUGCCUGCAGAAGCUAGAGCCCAGACCUCUGAAGGCCAUCAUGAACCUGGUGACAGCGGCAAGCUCCCUGUGCUUCAACAGCACCUCAGAGAUCCUGGCCAUCGGAUCCAGAGCGGACAACGAGGCCAACCAACUUCUGCAUCACAGCACCUUGCAUAUAAGUCUGCAUAAUUGGGGGCAGCUGUGGCCUAAUGGUUAGAGAGUUGGACUUGUAACCAGAAGAUCGCAGGUUCAAGUCUCGGUGCUGGUAGGAGUUG